AGGUUGAUGUGAAGUCCAGGGCCUUGUGGUUCUGAACUAGUUCAGCUUAGCAGUGCAUCUCUAUAGCCUUGUGCUGGGUGGGGUUGGGCUGGACCGUGCCAGGCCAGGGGUAGUAGGACAGGUAGUUUGGAGUCCUCCCCUGGGGUGAGGGUGGAGGUGCUCAACUCCACACUGAAAAUACUGGAAUUAGAACACCAGACCUUGAGUAAGGCCCUUACUCUUAAGGAGUCUCAGUUACCUGAUCUGAGGUGGGAGGACCAGACAGGCUGAUCUGAGAACCACACACAUUCAGAGGCUCUGAGCUCAACCCCAACAUGUGGCUCCCACAGCCAAGAUUCUAAGGGCUCCCAAGGGGGAGAGUGCCUCCAGAGUGGCUGCAGAGCACAAGGGCUUCCUGGAGAGGCUGCAGAGGUUGUACUUUGCAACUGCACCUGUCGAUAACAUCUGAGGUUACCCCUCAGCUACUUCCCCAGAUGAGUCCAGUGCUUCUGGUGUAGAAAGCACUCCAGGCAAGGCUGGGGCCCACUGGCCUUCAGCUCUGUGGGUGAGAUUUGGGAGGGGACAGAGAAUGACUUCCAAGAUGCUCCCUGUCUUUUAACCCAGCCUUGUCCUCUCUUCUCCCCUCAAUCCACAGGGAUGACUAACAGUUCCCCAAACAUACUGUGUGAUCUAUUGCCCUGGUUUUUUGCUCACUCUGCUUUUCUUCUCUCUUCGCUCACCUGACCCCUUCCAAAAUACAGAUCAGGCGUCCUCUCCUCCAGGAAGCCUUCCUUGACCACCUCCCCAUUCCUAUUAGGGGUCCUCUUGUCUGGUUUAGCCCUGUUGCCUCUGCUUUCUUCAGCCCGGAUCACCCUGAGUUGUCAUUACCUAUUUCUGGGUCUUUUCCCAUGUGCUACCUACCCCUUCUUCGCCAACCUAGACAGUGACCCACCUUGGAAUCCCAAGAGCCUUAUACAGGGACAGGCAUCAACGUGACAACCUCUAAAAAAAGGCCUCCCAUCUCCUCUCUCCACUUUCGGCCACGCUCGCGCUGCACCCCAGCCUGGGGACCUGGCCUCGGCUAUCUCGAACCCCACUUCCCCAUUGUGGAGAAAUGAAAGCGACAGAAAAGGGAUGUUCUUUCCCCCUGUGAUGUGUCUGAGAUUCUGAUGGAUGCUGGGACCUGUCCACACAGAGGGUCUACUAGGCCAAGGUUGGAGCAGAGCAGGUGGCCCCGGGAGGGCUUGGCCUGGCUGGCUUCCCAUGAUCCAGAGCCCACACUGUCUCCACCUCCCUGUGUCUCAGGAGCCCACAACACUGCCUACCCUGAGAAAUGCUGGAAGCUGGGUGCGGCCCCAGGCGGGGGACCUGUUUUUCCUGUUUCCUGCAGAGUUCCCUGCAGCCCUGUCCAAGCCUGUGCAUUCAUGAGUGAGGAACCUGAGCGGGCACUGAGCAUCCUGACAGCGAGAGCAAGGGCCGGUCAGGGCAAUGGCCGCAGGCCCGGGCCUCUGGAACGGCACCAACAAUGACACGUGGUAUGGGGAUGAGCUGGGCUACAAGUGCCGCUUCAACGAGGACUUCAAGUACGUGCUGCUGCCUGUGUCCUACGGUGUGGUGUGCGUGCUCGGGCUGUGUCUGAACGUCGCCGUGCUCUACAUCUUCCUCUGCCGCCUCAAGACAUGGAACGCCUCCACCACCUACAUGUUCCACCUGGCGGUGUCCGACGCGCUGUACGCGGCCUCCCUGCCGCUGCUGGUCUAUUACUACGCCCGCGGUGACCACUGGCCCUUCAGCACGGUGCUCUGCAAGCUGGUGCGGUUCCUCUUCUACACCAACCUUUACUGCAGCAUCCUCUUCCUCACCUGCAUCAGCGUGCACCGCUGCCUGGGGGUCCUGCGCCCACUGCCGCCCGUGCUCUAUUUCGUCACCACCAGCACACGCGGCAACCGCAUCACCUGCCACGACACCUCGGCCCCUAAUCUCUUCAGCCACUUCUUGGUCUACAUCUCGGUCAUGCUGGGCCUGCUCUUCGCGGUGCCCUUCGCCACCAUCCUGGUCUGCUACGUGCUCAGGCUCUACUUCCUGGCUGGGCAGAGGCUUGUGCGCUUUGCCCGGGACUCCAAGCCACCCACGAAUCCCACUCCUACUGCCCAGGCUAGCCGCAGGCUGGACCUGCGCAAGUUUCAUAGAACUGACCCCAAGGCAGAAGACGGGUCGGCCAGCAGUGAGAACUCCAGCAGGCAGUCCCCGUUGGCUGGUGGUGGGAACACUAAGGACAUCAGGCUGUAAGGCCUAAACCCCUCCGGCCUGUGCAAGCUUGUAUGGGGGACUCUGUAGGGGCUAUGACUUGCUCAAAUGAGGUGGUCUCCCCAGAUAUGGAUCAUCAUGACUCAUGCUGAUGGUCAAGGGAGCCAUGACCCCAACGCUCUGUCACUCGGCAGGGGCUCAGGACACUCUGUGGUCCGCGAGCUCAACAGUCCCCCACAGCCCCAUCACCAUUUAUAUGUGUCAAUUGGGGAAUAAGGUUUCAAGAAGGAAAGGGUUCAGGGCCUGACUCACCCACAAAAAUAGCUGGCCGUGCCUGCCAAGGGACCUAGGCUAGAGCCCUGCUGAACCAAGUCACAUAGAGAAACAGGCCAAGAAAGGCAAGUGACUUACCAACGUCACACAGAGGCACUGGGCCUGAGCUACCUGGGAGGGGUGGGGUCCCAGGCUGACUAGAGGACCCUGGUUGCUGACUAGAGGACCCUGAGCCAGAGCUUCCCACAGGGGAACUGGGGCCGGUCUGGGUGCCACAGUGGAUUAAGCAAUGAGAAGUACCCCCAGCCCAAGAGAUGAACAUCUGGAAACUGAUUCAUAAACCCAUCCGGAGGCUCCCAUGGGCUGGGAGCCAGUUUGAGGCUGUAACUCAUACUAAAAGUGUUGUUGUCUGCUA